AUGGAUUCUUCAUCUUCCCAAUUUGUUUCCUCAAGAAAUAUUGGUGUAUAUGAUCCUAUGCAUCAAUUUAGUAUAUGGGAAGAACAUUUCAAGACUAAUGGUGAUUUAAGUGCAUCCAUGUCUUUGAUUGAGGAGGCUGACAUGAAGAUAAAUAAUCAGGAUGCUUCUUAUGGAAUACUAGGAACAUCUAUCAAGUUUGAGCAAGAAGGUAACAAAAUUACUAAUAAGAUGCAAAGACGUCUCGCGCAAAAUCGAGAGGCUGCUCGUAAGAGUCGUUUGAAGAAAAAGGCUCAUAUACAACAAUUAGAAUCGUGUCGCUUAAAGCUGAUGCAGGUGGAGCAAGAGCUUGAUCAUACAAGACAACAGGGAUCGUAUGGUGGUGGACCGGACUCUAAUCAUUCGGGUUUUGCUGGUUCUGCAAAUUCAGAAAUAGCAACUUUUAAGAUGGAGUAUGAACAUUGGGUGGAAGAGCAAAACAGACAAAUCUUGGAAUUGAAAAGUGCUUUAAGUGCUCAUAUCAGUGACAUACAGAUUGGGGAACUUGUAAAUGGCAUCAUGAAUCACUACUUCAAACUCUUCUGCAUGAAGUCUGAUGCUGCAAAAGUAGAUGUUUUCUAUGUUAUCACCGGCAUGUGGAAAACAACGGCUGAAGGGUUUUUCUUGUGGAUUGGAGGUUUUCGCCCCUCUGAACUUCUAAAGGUUCUGGUGCCUUUGAUUGAACCAUUGACGGAGGAGCAACGGUUUGAUGCAUAUAAUCUUGAGAAGUCAUGCCAGCAAGCAGAAGAUGCUCUCUCAAAAGGUAUGGAAAAACUCCAGGGAAUGCUUGUUGACACAGUCGCAGCAGGAAACUUCGUCGAAGGAAUUUACAUUCCAGAGAUGGCUACUGCAAUAGAGAGGUUGGAAGCUCUAGCUAGCUUUGUGAACCAGGCGGAUCAUCUACGACAGGAAACCUUGCAGCAGAUGUGUCGAAUACUUACCAUACGUCAAACGGCUCGAUGGCUGCUUGCUUUGGGUGAAUAUUUUCAACGCCUAAGGAAUUUGAGCAAACUUUGGGCCGAUCGACCUCGCGAUCCUGCUUAG